GCCUUCCUGCAACCUCUUCCGCUCGCCGGCUGCGGCGCCUGGGACGGUUGCGCUGGGUCUGGGCUCUGGGAAGUCGUCCAAGAUGAUUAAAAAAUUCGACAAGAAGGACGAGGAGUCUGGUAGUGGCUCCAGUCCUUUCCAGCAUCUGGAGAAGAGUGCUGUCUUACAAGAGGCUCGUAUAUUCAAUGAAACUCCUAUCAAUCCAAGAAGAUGUUUGCAUAUUCUUACAAAGAUUCUUUACUUACUGAACCAGGGUGAAUACUUUGGAACUACAGAAGCUACAGAAGCCUUCUUUGCAAUGACUCGAUUGUUUCAAUCUAAUGAUCAAACAUUGAGGAGAAUGUGCUACCUUACCAUCAAAGAAAUGGCUACCAUCUCUGAGGAUGUGAUAAUUGUCACAAGCAGUCUGACAAAGGACAUGACUGGAAAGGAAGAUGUGUACCGAGGCCCGGCCAUCAGGGCUCUCUGCAGAAUAACUGAUGGAACAAUGUUGCAAGCCAUUGAAAGAUACAUGAAGCAAGCCAUUGUGGAUAAAGUCUCCAGUGUAUCCAGUUCUGCACUGGUAUCUUCCUUACACAUGAUGAAGAUAAGCUAUGAUACGGUUAAGCGCUGGAUUAAUGAAGCCCAAGAAGCUGCAUCAAGUGAUAAUAUUAUGGUCCAGUACCAUGCAUUGGGGGUCCUGUAUCACCUUAGAAAGAAUGAUCGUCUUGCUGUUUCCAAGAUGUUGAAUAAGUUUGCUAAAUCUGGUCUCAAAUCACAGUUUGCUUACUGCAUGCUAAUCCGAAUUGCUAGUCGCUUACUAAAAGAAACUGAAGAUGGCCAUGGAAGUCCAUUCUUUGAUUUCAUUGAGAGCUGCUUGCGAAAUAAACAUGAAAUGGUUAUUUAUGAAGCUGCUUCAGCUAUUAUCCAUCUUCCUAACUGUACUGCAAGAGAGUUGGCACCUGCUGUUUCAGUUCUUCAGCUUUUCUGUAGCUCUCCUAAGCCAGCCUUGAGAUAUGCAGCUGUGAGGACCUUGAACAAGGUGGCAAUGAAGCACCCCUCUGCUGUUACUGCGUGCAAUCUGGAUUUAGAAAACUUGAUCACAGACUCAAACAGAAGUAUUGCCACCCUAGCCAUUACUACGCUCCUCAAAACAGGAAGUGAGAGCAGUGUGGAUAGGCUCAUGAAGCAGAUAUCUUCUUUUGUGUCUGAAAUCUCAGAUGAGUUCAAGGUGGUGGUUGUACAGGCAAUUAGUGCCCUCUGUCAGAAAUACCCUCGAAAGCAUAGCGUCAUGAUGACUUUCCUCUCUAACAUGCUCCGCGAUGAUGGUGGCUUUGAAUAUAAGCGGGCCAUUGUGGACUGCAUAAUCAGCAUCGUGGAAGAUAACUCUGAGAGUAAAGAAGCAGGUCUAGCCCACCUUUGUGAAUUCAUUGAGGACUGUGAACACACUGUUCUGGCUACUAAGAUUCUACACUUGUUGGGCAAAGAGGGCCCCAGAACGCCUGUCCCUUCCAAGUAUAUCCGCUUUAUUUUUAAUAGAGUCGUCCUGGAGAAUGAGGCUAUCAGAGCAGCUGCUGUGAGUGCUUUGGCUAAAUUUGGGGCUCAGAAUGAAAGUCUUCUCCCAAGCAUCCUUGUACUUUUACAAAGGUGUAUGAUGGAUACUGAUGAUGAGGUACGGGACAGAGCUACUUUCUAUCUGAAUGUGCUCCAGCAGAGGCAGAUGGCACUGAAUGCCACAUAUAUCUUCAAUGGUCUAAUGGUCUCUGUACCAGGGAUGGAAAAAGCCUUACACCAGUACACACUGGAGCCUUCAGAAAAACCCUUUGACAUGAAAUCGAUUCCUCUUGCAAUGGCUCCUGUCUUUGAACAGAAAGCAGAAAUUACACUUGUGGCUACUAAGCCAGAGAAGUUGGCUCCUUCCAGGCAUGACAUUUUCCAAGAGCAAUUGGCUGCCAUUCCUGAGUUUAUGACUCUAGGACCCUUGUUCAAGUCUUCUGAGCCUAUUCAACUUACAGAAGCAGAGACAGAAUAUUUUGUUCGCUGUAUCAAGCACAUGUUUACCAAUCACAUUGUGUUCCAGUUUGACUGUACCAAUACUCUCAAUGACCAGCUACUGGAGAAAGUGACAGUGCAGAUGGAGCCAUCAGAUUCCUUUGAAGUGCUGUGUUGUAUCCCAGCCCCCAGCCUCCCUUAUAAUCAACCAGGAAUAUGUUACACUCUUGUUCGUUUGCCUGAUGAUGGCCCUACAGCAGUUGCAGGUACUUUCAGCUGCACCAUGAAGUUUACAGUCCGGGACUGUGACCCUAACACUGGAGUUCCAGAUGAGGAUGGGUAUGAUGAUGAGUAUGUGCUUGAAGAUCUCGAAGUGACUGUGUCUGACCACAUUCAGAAGGUACUGAAGCCUAACUUUGCUGCUGCCUGGGAAGAGGUAGGAGAUACAUUUGAGAAAGAGGAGACCUUUGCCCUCAGUUCUACCAAAACCCUUGAAGAAGCUGUCAACAACAUCAUCACAUACCUGGGCAUGCAGCCAUGUGAAAGGUCCGAUAAAGUACCCGAGAACAAGAAUUCCCAUUCGCUCUAUCUAGCAGGUAUAUACCGAGGUGGCUAUGAUUUAUUGGUGAGGUCCAGGCUGGCCUUAGCAGAUGGAGUGACCAUGCAGGUGACCGUCAGAAGCACAGAAGGAACACCUGUAGAUGUUAUCUUGGCUUCUGUUGGAUAAGCUCUUACUGGGCAAUAUGGAGUUGAUGUACACACUUCACUUUCAGUGGACUUUUAGGUUAGUGGCAUGAAUUUCUUAGAAUUACACUUUGACUUUGAAAAAGCAUAUUAAACAUUUGGCCCUGAGCCAGCAGAUCAAUGUCUGUCCUUGCACUUGGGUUGGGUUUUUUUUUUUUUUUUUUAAUUUUUAUUUUACUGGGUCAGCUUUAGUACAAUAGUGCAGCUUUGGGUGAUCUUGAAAAUCAAAUAUUAUCCUAUACUCCAGCUGCUUAACUUCAUUGUAUUUUUUUCUUUAAUUUAAUGUGUGUCUGAAAGCUCCUGGCAAUGUUGGAAAAUUUUAUCCCAGAGGGGUAGUGGGGGAGGGGAAGCCAGAGUCCACUUUUGUCAUAGUUCAUUUUAUUAAUAGAAAAUAAACACUUAUUCCAGUUUAAAAGUUGUUAUACUUGAAGAUGCUAAUAAAAAAUGAAUUUAAAAUAAUCACUUAAUCCUGCUUUAAACUGAGACAAUGAAAUGUGGCUUAAAAAAAAAAAAGUAUUCAGCACCACUGCUCAUAGGUCUUUCAGAAUUUGUUCUUAAAGCUUCCAGAACUUUCCUGUCUGUAAGGUACAGGAAUUGCUGAGCUACGUGAAGAAGGCCUCUCUGGGACAGCCAACGGGGAGUUAAGCAAUCAUCAUGAAAGGAAUCGAUGUACGUUCAGCAUGUUAACUUAGACUACACAAUGAUUUCCUUCCCCUCAAUUUAGCUCAGGAGAGACGACAUGCUUCUAAAAACCGAGGUAUGAGGAGUCAGAAUGUUGUUUGCUUUUAGAAUUGGUCUUUCCAACUGACAACAAUCUCUGGCACAGAUGCUAUUGGUCCUUAAUGUCCUGUGAUUUUAGGAAAUUGCGUAAGUAGUUUGGAUUUAGUUCAAUUCAAAAAUUAAACAUGUUUAAUAAGGUUCACUACUUUGGCAGAAUAAGGGUCUACUGGUUUAGUAGCCUUAUAAAAUCCAAAAAUUAAACAAGUUUAAUAAGGUUCACUACUUGGGCAGAAUAAGGGUCUACUGGUUUAGUAUCCUUAUAAAAUACAUAUGUGCAGGUAAAUCAUAGUCUUAAAGUAUACUUAGAAUACUGUAUUAUUUAAACCAAUAUCUAUUUUAACAAAUAUCUAUAAUUAGAAGCAGCUGAUGAAACUAAAUCCAAAAUUAUGACAAAGGAGACUCACUCUCACUUGAUGCUGUGUUGCUUAGAGAACUUUUUAAAAGUUUGUGCCUUUAAAGCCAUUCAAGAAGAGGGGUAAGGAGGUCCCCUCUCAUUUUUUACUUGAGGAUUCCAAUUGGGGCUGGGCCAGAAAUUAGCACUUCUAAAUGUUUGAGCAAAGUCCAAAGAAGUGUUAAAAAGUCUUUUAUGCAAAAGAAUGUCUUUCUGCAUCAGUGAGUAGCAAUGCUCAUCAGAAUUUCCUAAUAACACAAAGACAAAAAUCAAAUCCAUCCACUUCUGAUCAGACGUCAAAGGAAUGGGAGGCAGACUAUUAUGUCAACCCCUAGUCGGAGCUCCUGCUGGCCUUUUCCUAUAUACUGUUCACCAAGAUGAACAGCCCGUGAGGUCAGAGACAGUGGUUAGAGCCAACAGCCCUACACAGGUCAUAACCAACCUUCCUGUGAUAGGGAACAAGCCAGCAAGGAGCAGAACAAGCAAUCCUGCGUCUUUCCCCACUCUCCAAAAAAAGCUUCUCUGGAAACCAAAGCAAGGAUAAUUUCUUACCUGUCGAUGACUAAGUUCCCGUCAUUGUUGCGGAUCGCUGCCCACAUGUCCCACAGUUCGCUCUCGGAGGGCCGAGUGUACGGCCCAAAGACUGGGGUGAGACUGAAAGAGUCCAAAAUGCAGGAAGAUAAGUGUAAGGAGAACUCAUAAUGUUAAAUGUGACUGGAACCUCAGAGGCCACUGCAGUCUGACCCCUACCUGAUUUAUGAAUUCCUUCUACUCCUUCCCUGGCAAGUGGCCAACACCUUAGCUUUAAAAUACAAAGCCUAGGAUGUGGCCCAGAAUUGUAAUGGCAGCAGCUUUUCACUACAUUGUUCCAAGGCCAUAGUCAAUCUCUAACAAUGACUUACCCUCUCGAGAAUACAAAGAAGUUCAUCAGCCGUGUGAGGAUGGGCGACAGCACGCCUCCAUCUUUGAGUAGCUGUGGGGGAGUAAGUGGAAGUAAGGAUCAAGAAUCCAGAGAAAGAUGACAACUCACCAGGACAAUAGGUUUUAUAGUAGGAACUGAAAAGGGAAUUUAGCCACAUCUCCUACUACUCAAAGGUUUGGAAGUUUGGUUUUUGUUUUUUGUUUGGCCUACUCACAUUCUUCUCUCCUGGAAGACAAAUCUAUUUCUAAUCUCACUUAAGAUUACAUUUCUACACUUCACUAAAUCCCAAAGAUUUAAUUUAACUUUGAUAUAUUCAAGUUUAGAUUAGGACCCAAAUUUGUUCAAACAUCACGCUUAUGACACAAUCUCUCCAUAGCUGUAUUUCUCUAAAUAUUUGUUGAUCUCUUAUUCUCAGAAAUAAUUUUAGGUUUUAUGCAGGGGCCACUUCCUUUGCUUUAUUUGCCUAAGAAGGGAAAAACUAACUUCAUUAACAUAAAUUCACACGGAAGGCAAUUUUAAUUAUGGCCCAUUACAAGAAGUAUGGCCCUUAGAAGGUCCCAGCAUUAUGUCAGCACAAAUCUAAAACUAAACAUCUAUUCAAUGGAGUAGCCAACCUUUUGGAGAAGGAGAGGAUGGUGAGUCUCAGGAAAAAUACCUGUAGAAGAAAAGACUUAGUCAUUUACCUAAAACUUUAGGUCAAAGGCAAGCUCAUUAUCAGAGACCAUCCACCCUAUUCACUGUCACCUUUGGGGCUUUUACUUCCAAAACAGAAUUACAAAUAAAAACUUAGUACUGUUAUCUAA